UCUCGCGAAAUUAGACUUAUGAGGUGUCAUGAAACAUUUUGAUGAUAAAAGUAAAUGCUAUCAAAAUAAGAAAGAUACAGUUAUAAACAUCUCUUCAUCUACUAUUUUGCACAUGAUUUCAAAUUACAUCAUAAAUACCAAUUUAUUUAUUUUUUUCACAUUUAAGGGAAAAUUUCUCAUUACCGCAACGUGUCCAUGACUGGAUUUGGGUUCUUUGAGGUGGAAUUUUUUAUAAUUAAAAAAUAUAAAAAAUAAAAAGCUUCAGUGCAUGUUGUACUAUAAACAUUUACAGUAAAUAAACAUGUGGUAUUUGGUGAUCAGUGGUAAAUGUAGUAAAAAUAAUAAGGAAUAUAAAUGUGUCCAAGACCAAUUUUCUCAUCCUCCGCAACAAUUUUCAAUCGUUGUUUAAGUCCUCAAGGAACUAACAUUUUCAAGGAGUUUUGCUGGAAGGGACAUAAUUGACUGUGACACUCAAGAUGGCUACCAGGUAUCGGAAACGUAAAGAAAAUGGUAAAAUUAAGACUACUCAGGACCUCACAAGUAGACAGCAUGAGAGAAAAAAAAAAAUGUGGAAGAAAAAUUCGGCAAAAUAUUACAGAAAAAAAAAGCAAGAGCAAGCACUUCUAGAUCUAACCCCAACAUCUUCAUUAAGUGAGACAGAAAAUUCCUUUGGAAAUGAAGAAAAUAACAGACAGGAACUAGACACAAAUAAUGAAAGUCUGAACAGAACACCAGCAAAAGAAAGUUUAGACCUGAAAGGGCCAAUUGAGGCAUCCACCCCCCAGAGAACACGGCCAGUCAUUAAAAAAAGAGAGCGGGCAUCAAGGACUGUGGCCAAAUUAAGAGCAAAACUAAGGUAUGUUGAAGAGAAACUUAGGGCAAAGAAAACACAACUGCUGACACUAAACAGAAAAAUUAGAAGGCUGGCGGCUAAUAGAACAAAAAGUGCAAUGCUACCAGCAAAUAUUUCACAGGGGGUCAGUAUCAGAGAGGCUAAAAAGGGACUGAUGAUCAAUAGCAGGCGCAAACAACUUGACAAGGUUGUGAGCAUGUUCCUACAUCGGGAUGAUGUCUCAACUAUCAUAAAUGGCAAGUCUGGAGAGAUUCGUCGCAAGGGACAAAUUUAUAGAAAAAGAGCACUCACAGACACCUUGGCAAAACUCCAUCAACGCUUCCUUGUUGAACAUCCUGAGCAAACAGUGUCCAAAGCUCAGUUCUUUAGAUUGAGGCCAUUUUGGAUUAUUAGGCCUAAAGUUAAAGACAGAGAGACGUGUGCAUGUAAAAUACAUGAGAACAUUGGCUUUAAAUUAAAAAGAAUGCAGCAACUGGGUAUCAUUGAAACAUCAAGCCCAGAGGAUCUUGUGCAGUCCAGUGUGUGUGACACUGGCAACAUGUCCUGCAUGUACAGCAGAUGUCAAAAAUGCAUUGAAAAGACCUUUCCCACAUCCUUAGAUCCUCUCACUCAGGGGAACACUGUCAUCUGGCAAGAGUGGGUCACAAGGUCUGUCACUGUAACAAAGACCCUCAAGGAUGGAUCUACAGAGGAAAGGCAGACAAAGAAAACGGUCCUUGAAAAACGUACCUCAUCCAUUGAGCGGUUGCUGGCCCUAACAACAGAACACCUUCCAGGUUUUGCCAUUCACAUGUUUAAUGUCAAGAACCAAUAUUUGUCAUUGAAAGCAAUGAAAGAUACCCUGACAGAUGAUGCUGUUGCUGUACAUGUGGAUUACAGCGAAAAUUACAGCUGCAAAUAUGCCAAAGAAAUCAAGGACACCCAUUUUGGAACUGGGAAUGAUCAGGGGCAGAGUGGAAGCCUUCGCAUCCCUCUCAUCAUCUCUACAGCACGAUGCAGUGGCAACCUGGGCUCAUCUUGA